AUGUCGUCAGUGAACGUUUUCGGUGAAAAGGCGUCCAUUUUAUUCGCUCUCGUCCUCACGCUCAUUGGCCUCGGACUUAAUAUUGCAGCUAUUUUGCUGCCUUCAUGGCAGGUCGUCAAUUUGCGAGAGUAUAACUCAAUCCACGAGCACGGUUUGUGGCUUGAUUGUACAAGACACAGCAGAGAUGGUAAUGCAAAUGUACUGCUAAGAAGGUAUGCGACAAUCAGCGAGCCAUUGCAUUGUGUCUACAAGUUCGAUUAUGACAAAUAUUCGGGAACAUUCGAUCUCGAAGAUGAUAACAGUCCUGUUGGUGAAGUGAAUCGCCAUAAAUUCUACGGUAUGCUCAACAAAAUUGAUUCCUUUGCUCUCAUCUCAGGCUUUGCCGAGAAGUAA